CCUGUAGCCAUUACGCCGAAAGAAGACGAUGCCAGUGACACACUCAGACCUCGCUAAGGAGAGGAAGCAAAAAGCCUUUGAGCUUGCAAUGGAGGUUCAAGGAGAGCAGCUGAAUUUAGGAAAGAAGAUCAGCGUGCCCAGGGAUGUAAUGAUGGAAGAGCUUGGUUUACUCUCCAACAAAGCUUCCAGGAUGUUUCACGAGAGACAAAAACGAGCAGACAAGUUUAUUCUGGAAAGAGUGGAAGGAAACAGGCCUGUAACUGCACAGAAUACCAGAACCACAUUUAAGGGCCUUCCCGAUGGUGGCAAAGAGAAUUACAGGACAGAACUUUUCAUCGAUCAUCCCGGAAAAGCCCCGUUUUUGUCUUCUCUGAAAAAAGCAACAGCAAAACAAGAUGGAAACCCAAGCAUCAUUGCACCAGGUUACUCGGGACCGCUGAAGAAGAUCCCUCACGAGAAGUUCAACGUCACUGUCAUCCCCAAAUCCUAUCGGUCACCAUGGACAAAGAAUGUAGAAAUAGUUUCCAGCGUCACUCUCCAACUGCCCGAACCUCCCCAGAAACCUGCCACAUUUCAGUUUAGGUGCUUCAAUAGGGUGCCAGUGCCAUUUGGAGGAACAGGCGGAAGAGAGAGGACCUUCCCGUUACCAGGAUUCGAGCUCUCCCAAGCACAGACGGAGCCCAGCUUAAGCUUGGAGCGCAUGUUAAACAGACCCAAUUUCAAUCGCGCUCCGAAAGGCUGGGGUAUGCGCUAUUCUCCAGAGUCAGAGGAGCUGUAAGAACUUCUUUUCAUGAAAGUAAAUUAUGACAAACAUUAGAUACCACAUUGAUGAGAGGAAAUAAAUCCUAAAUAAAAAUGCACCACUCUCCA